AUGACCCGGCUGAUGUUGGGCCGGACUCUGGAGCGCAUCUGCAAAGGCGUCCUGCUGCUCUGCCUGCUCCACUUCCUCAUCAUGAUGAUCCUGUACUUCGACGUCUACUCACAGCGGUUUGACCUUUUCAGCCGCUUCAACAACGGCAGAAACGGGUCCAGGAUUAACGGGAGCGGAACGGGCAGCGGACAUCAUUAUUACUACUACAACCUUUCGAGACCAAAUGCGACAUCAGCCACCUACCUGGCUGCUGUUGAACAGCUGAUCCCGAGCUUGCAGCCUGAGAACAAUCAGACACCUUCUCCCAAACCGCUGCCACCGUGUCCGGAGAAUCCACCAGGCCUAGUGGGGCGCUUGCUGAUAGAGUUCAGUUCCCAGAUGACAAUGGAAAGACUGCAGAAAGAAAACCCAAACGUCACAGAGGGAGGCCGAUACAAGCCGCCUGACUGCCGGCCGCGAUGGAAGGUUGCCAUCAUUAUCCCAUUCCGUCACAGAGAAAAUCACCUGAAGUACUGGCUCCACUAUCUCCACCCUAUCCUCAGACGGCAGAAGAUUGACUACGGCAUCUACAUCAUCAACCAGCUGGGUGAAGACACAUUCAAUCGGGCAAAGUUGCUGAAUGUUGGCUACACGGAGGCUCUAAAGGACGCCGAGUAUGACUGUUUCAUCUUCAGUGACGUGGAUCUGAUCCCUAUGGACGACCGGAACCUGUAUCACUGUUAUGACCAGCCCAGGCACUUUGCCAUUGCAAUGGACAAGUUUGGCUUCAGGUUGCCCUAUGCUGGCUAUUUUGGAGGAGUUUCGGGGCUCAGUAAAAAGCAGUUUCUAAAAAUCAAUGGCUUUCCAAACGAGUACUGGGGCUGGGGAGGAGAGGAUGACGACAUCUAUAACCGGAUCACUCUCAAUGGGAUGAAGGUGUCCAGGCCAGACGUUCGCAUUGGUCGCUACAGAAUGAUUAAGCAUGAGAGGGACAAACACAAUGAGCCAAACCCACAGAGAUUCAACAAAAUACAGAACACAAAGAAUACAAUGAAGAAGGAUGGCAUCAGCUCCUUGACCUACAAACUGGUUCAGGUGAAGAAGUAUCCUAUGUACACAAACAUCUCAGUGGAGAUCGGCAAGCCGCCGCCUCGGCCCAUCAAAGGCUAGAGAGAAUAAAGGAGAGAAGGAUCUAAAGUUGAUGCACUUUUACCCGGAUGGGAGAGAAGAAAGGAAGGUGUGGAGAAGAGAAGGAUGAUGUGACUUUCUCUUUUUUUCCAUUUACUUGUUUGAGAUUUCAGCUUGACAAUUUUUACUGGAUUUCACUAGGGAUGCCAGUUGCCACCUGGUACCAGUCAGUGAUGUUAAAAACCUUUGGAAACGGAGUAGGAAUGUCAGCAGCUGACAGAAGGUUGUUGUCAAACUCAAAAGUCAUUCCAUGAACUAUCAUCUGCAAACUGGAGAGCAUCCAGCAACAUAUUGGCAGGAACACCAAACAUGGCUAUUAUGAAACACCUUGCCCUGUUCUGGAAAUGCACACACAAUAACCCAGUCACAUUUCAAAACAAACUUCUGUUCGCCACAAUGCUUGACGACAUGAACAGGAUGCAGCUUCCGGUUGGGAAAUGCAUGAAAUUACCAAACAUUUACAGUGAUGUUUUACAGGUAACAGAUUACCGCAGGAACAUGAACAUUCAGUGGUUCAGAUGGUUUUUGUUGUCCCCAAGACAUCAUUUUGUCUUGACACAGAACUGUUUCAUGUUGACAUUUCCCUCUGGGAGUUUUCAGUCUGAAUCUCCAAACUCAAACCUUCUGCUAUACGUCUAUGAAUGUUUAACGUGCCUGCAUCUACAGCAGAAGACUCAUGAAAACAGAGCAGCAAUGAACAACUCGGGUGGGGGGGGGGACUAAUUUUUUCUCUCUUCUUUUAUACAUUUCUGAACUUCAAAACAGAACUGGAAUUUUGUAACAAAAAGAUACAAUUAUUUGAAAACUUUUCUUCAGUGUGCAGCCUGGUGGAAGUACUUUGAAACGUGAAAAAAGAAAAACAUACUGACAGCUCGGGUUAUGAGUUCCAGUUUUUGUUUUGUCUUUUAUUUUUGUUUCUGAGCCUUACUACAGUUUUAAUAGGCUAACUCAUUUUAUUAAGGUGCAAUAUGCUAUAAAGUUUCUUCAACAUUCUGAACUCAUCAAAUUUUGUCAAAAUAAACAUGAAACCUGAGCUGUCAGGUUAUGUUUUACAGUCAAGUAGCAUUGUGGCUAAAAACAUUGCCUUGCAAAUCUUUUACACUGACAGAACUAGCUGAAAAUUAAGUCUUGUGGUUAUUUUUUAAGCCUGCAGUAUAGCCAUGUGGUCUUUUUUAAACAAAUAUCAUCAAAUCUAUAUAGUGUUUAUGAGCCACUUUUGUGUCUAUCUUUUGCAUUCAGUCAUUUAGAAGCAUAUCGAAAUGGAGUAAAUUGUUGAAAGGAAAUGUAAAACUUCUCUGGUAAUAUACAGAGUAUUGCAAACAUACUCAUACUUCCCAUUUUCUUUUUCAUAUUUUGCCACUAGCUUGAUGUAAAUUAUUACGUUAUGUGAUAAACCAACACAGAGUCCAACAUAUUGGUGAAGUGGAAGAAGUGUGAAGUGGUUUUCUGCAAACAAAACUCUGAAAACUGUGAAGUGCAGUUGAAAAUCCCUUACUCUAAUAACCAUAAAAAAAAUCUUCUCCAGUGUUUAGAAGUAAUCAAAUUAUUAAUCACCUGUGUAAUUUUAUAUUUCAGUACAAAUGUAGCUGUUCUUUGAAGACUUAAGGUUUUACUUGAAGGAAAUUAGUAGAAAAAUAAGUAAUGAAAUUCAAGGAACACAGCAGACAGGUCAAUGGUGGAGAAGUUUUUAAAGGAUUGAGUAUUGUACAAUAGCAAAGCUGAGACAUGGCUGUCUACCUGACCAGCUGGGCGAGGAGAGAACUAAUCAGAAAAGUCAUUUAUUGGUCCUUGAUGCUUUAUAGACUCUAUUCAAGUCGAAGAGUCUGUUGACAAGACAACGAUGAGCACUCAGUGAAUUUAGCCAUUAAGAACAAGCUGUAAAACAAAAGAUAUUGCUGAGAGAAAUCAUCUUGAUCUCAUUUAAUAUUCCCCUCGAGUCAUGUGGGAGGCACAGCAAAUACUGUGGCAGAGGGUUUUCCAGUCAGAUUGCAUUAUAAAACACCUUGCAUCAUCCUGAUUACACCAUGUCUGUUGUUAAACAUGGUGGUGGCAGCAGCAUUCUGUGGGAAUACUUCUCUUCAAUAAGGAGAACAAAGUGAAAACUGCAGACUGAAAAAGAGUCGAGUGGAGGUUGACCUUCCAAAUGACCCAAAAGACUUCCAGUUGGAAGUGGGACCAAAUGCAGUUGGACUCAACACUUAAGAUAAUGCAACUCAUUAACCUUAACCCUAACCCUGUAAAAAAAAAAAUGUUGGUUUAUCACAUAAAAUCUCAAUAAAGAACAUUAAAUUUGUGGGUUCAACAUCAUUAAAAAGUUCAAUGGGUUUGUGUACAUUUGCAAGCCACUGUUUAAACCAGCUGAGCAUUCUGUCUGUGACUUUUAUGGAUCUUGUUCCCAUAUUCAGUAUCAGCCAUAAUAAUCACAUAUUCAUAUCUUGUUCUGCUUAAUCACACCAAUGCAGUUUGUCCUGUAAAGAUGUUUUAGAACAUUUAGUAACAUAAGUUGAACCAUUUAAAAGGUAUACACAAUAUUUAAUUCACUCUUCCAUCAACACUUUAUAGCCUUGGACAGCUUUGUCUCUGAGACAUUGCUCUUCUUCCUUUAUGUUUUUAAUUUUUCUCGCCUUUCUUGUUCGUCUAUUAAUGCCCACACUUCCAAACUAAUGCCUUGAGAAAUAAUCUGUACUAAUUCAAAGGUCAGACCUGGGAGAAAAAAAGAAAGUCUCUGAGAAAAUCUAAACUAAAGAGGUUGAAGUGAAUUCCCUUAACCGUUAUGCUUUAGCGAAAAUGAUUUCACCUUUUCGGUCAGCCUUGAGGCAAAAUAGGUUUCAAUCUGCUUGGCUCCUCGCCUCAAGCCUGAAUGGUGGACAAUAUAAUUGCUCUUCUUUUCAGAACACACAAUCAGACAUGCACACACACAUAAAACACACACAUUCACACCAUCUGCCUUUUUUAUGUAUUAUCUCCCUUCUUGCUGCCUUUCCAUUCUUACUCUGCCAGUCUGGGCUGUAUUGUAUCGGUGGCUCACUGUUGUGCUUUGUGAUGGACCCACUUCAGGCACAUCUGGGCCUCACAGGAAGAGUGCUUCUUCUUUCAACAGAUAUCGACAGGAGCUCUCUUUGUCUGUAUCUUUAUUUUGUCUCUAAUCACUGCUUCUCAGCACACAUUCCCACUUGUGAGUCUUUCUAACCCCCACCUGUUUCCUCCUUCUCUCUUCACUGUCCAUUUGGCUCCCUCUUGCCUGGAUUAUGACUCUCUUUGUUUCCAUUUGAUUAGCCGUAUUUCUGGUGCUUUUCUCUUUUCUGACUACAAGUGGUCAACGUGUUUCCUUAUUGAAACUGUUUACAGCAGUAUUACACAUCAGUUCACAUCUGUUGCAUGCUCUGCUUUAUAGUCAUUAUUAAGGAUGGGAGGUCAUAGCAUUUUUAGGGGGUCAGUUUGUAUACAGAUUCAAUUUUUAUUUUUUUUUGUGGUUAUAAAUGCUGAUAAUGAGAAAGUGCAGCAAUUACAUAGUUUUUUCUCAUGGUCUUAAAGGGGCACUACAGCAAAAGCAGAAAGCUUUUAAAGUUUGGUGACUUCAAGGUCACAUUAUCCAUAUUUUUAAAACCCUAAAGUCUUAAAUCACAUUAUAAAUAUUAAGUGCAAUGACAUUUGGUGCAAUCUUAGUAUUGCAAGUUUUGGUCAGGUGUAUAUAUGCUUAAUAACACAAAAAAUAUAUAAAAAAUAUGCAUAAUAAAACACCACACAACUGGAUUUAAAAAAAACUACUCCAAUUGUCAAGAACUGGUCUCAAAAUUGAUCUGUUUACUCUCCAAAGAGCCAUAAAAUUACAAAUUCAUCUACCUUGUAAAGCUGAACUGCAGUGAGCAGCAACAUGUGAGGAAGGAGCUACAGCCAAAGAAAACUUAAGUCACUCUGCCAUUUUCUCUGCCAUCUCAUUGAAAAGAUUUGAAACUGUAGGAAUGGUGUGACUGAAAAUUUUAGCAAUUUCAAAUUUUGAUAUAGUUUGAUUGCAAUAACCUAUCCUUGCCCAACUGGGCUGCAAUCCUGAUUAAAGUUAUACUGGGUUUGCGUUGCUUUGGAACUUAGAUCUGAGUUUCAUCACAUCUGAGUUUGUUGGAGCUGCAAAUCAAGAAACUGAUGGGCCAAGCUAAUUGUUACGAUCAGCGCCUGGCCUACUAUUAGCAGUGCAAAGUGAUAACAUUUGAUCUUCAGUUUUAUGUAUUUAAAUAUGUAAACAAAUAGUCCAACAGCACUAUUUGUCCCACUGGUUUGUUGUGUUACAAACAUUUUAUUCCUGUAUCUUUGACCAAGUUUUACACAUAAAGUGGCCAUAUUGGAUAUUGAACUAGGAGUUGCUCAAAGACCUACAACUUCUGCAGUCAUUUUGUUGAGAUUUUGUAACUUGCAACUUGACUGUUAUUCUCUUUCUUGUUGCAAGUUGCAAAAUUUUUUGUGUAGGGACCAGGCCUCUGUUCACAAAUUGAAGCUAUGCUAUUUUGGUGUAUUUACACACACACUAUAAACAAACGGCGGA